AUGACAUCCAGGAAACGUUCAUCCGAGUCAGGCGCUAGCCUUGACAGCGUGCGCCCCAAAAAGGCUAAGGUCAACACUACAGCGGAAGCCAAAACCGACUCUAAUGGAGAUCGCUACUGGGAAAUAUCCAAGAUGCGCCGCGUGACUAUAUCUUCUUUCCGCGGGAAAACCCAGGUGAAUGUCAGAGAAUACUAUGAAAAGGACGGGCAGGAAUUGCCAGGAAAAAAGGGUAUUUCAAUGCCCGUGGAUCAAUUCGCUACCCUCAUCUCCAUUCUACCUGAGAUCGAGCAGGCACUGAGAGAAAAUGGGGAAACCCUGCCUCGGCCUGUCUACACCGCAGAGGGAGGUCAGUCUGAUAAAGAAGAACAAGGACAGGACCAUUCGGACAACCAAAGUCCAUCAAAGCAGAAUAUCGAAGCAACAAGUGAUGAGGAAAGUGAAGCAUAA